AUAAAGUAUAAGUAAUCUCUUUUCCUCAAAUCUCCAAAUCAAGCGAGGUUUUUUAGGCUUUGAAGAGGGAGAGGCCAAACUAAGGCUUUUCAAUAAAAAAAAAAAAAAUUAAGGAACCCUCUUCCUUGAAACCUCAUUAGCUAGCUCCUAUCUAACACAGAUAAACAAAAAACAAAAAAAAAAAACAAAAAAAAAUCUUACUGACCAAUCAAAGAAGAGGAAAAAUUUACAAAACAAAUACACAUUUAAAGAAAAAUAUCCAAAAAGAGCCCUUGCAUAUUUUCCCCCUUCAAAUAGAGAUUUAAAGAGAAAAUAGAAAGGAGAAAAGAAGAAAAAGUCGGGAUUUAAAAAAAAAUUGACAAGAAAAGAGUAGAACUAGGAUGGGGGACGAUGGAGGAAAGAAGCGGAUUGUAAUUAUAGGAGUGUCAUCCAUCCUUCUGGUGGCGAUGGUGGUCGCUGUGACGGUCGGAGUCGGAAAAGACAAUGAAGGCGGCGAUAGUGAGGAGAUCGCGGGUGGGAGCGGUGGUAACAGCGCCGAGACCAUAGCUUCCUCAAAGAAAGCAAUCACGGCCAUCUGUCAACCGGCCGAUUACAAGCAGUCAUGCGAGCAGAGCCUCGAGAAAUCAGCCGGGAACGCCACCGACCCAAAGGAUCUCGUCAAGGUUGCCUUCACCAUCGCGCAGAAGAGCAUCGGCGAGGCGAUGAAGAAGUCCGACACGCUCAAGGAGCUCGACAGCGAUCCCAGGACUCACGAGGCUCUCAUCACCUGCAAAGAGCUCAUGAACAUGUCCAUAACCGAGCUUGAGGAUUGUCUCACCAGGGUAUCAGAUAACUUCGAUUUCAACAGAAUCGAUGACUUCAUGGCGGACCUUACGACGUGGCUUAGUGCGGCGAUGACAUAUCAAGAAACUUGUUUGGACGGAUUUGUAAACGUGAGCACGGUGGCAGGAGCCAAGAUGAAGGAGUUCAUGAAUACAUCAAUGAUGCUGACCACCAAUGGUCUUGACAUUGUGACUGGACUAAACUCCCUCUUCUCUUCUUUCCAACCAGCUGACCAGCCCGGCUCAGCCCGCCGUCUCCUUAACGCGGAUGGAAGCGUCACGUUGCUCCCAGUCCUCGGACACGGAUACCACCCAUUCCCCAACUGGGUUCCUGACAGGUUCAGAAGACUUCUUCAGGAGGACUCCGACGACGACGACUCCAAAAAUAAGGAUGAUGGUCACAAGGAAGAUUCCGACGACGAGACCGAAAAGGAGAAGAAGAAUAAGGAUGAUGGUCAAAAACAAAAAGAAGACCCCGAUGAUGAAACCGAGAUCAAAGAUGAAGCGUCAAAGGGUAAAGUGGACUUCUCCAAGAAUCCUGUGGAUAUCGCCGAUGUUGUGGUGGCUGACGACGGAAGCGGUGACUGUAAGACCGUCAACGACGGCUUGAAGCUCUUGGAGAAGGCAAAGAAGAAGAAGAAGGACGACGAGGUCGUUGUGCUCUACAUUAAGGCCGGUACCUACAAGGAGUACGUUGAGGUGACCAAAAACCUUGACAAUAUGGUCAUGAUCGGAGAUGGUGCCGAUAAAACCGUCAUCACCGGCGAUAAGAACUUCAUCGACGGUGUUAGCACUUACCACACCUCCACUGUCGCCAUCGCCGCCGACUACUUCUUCGCCAAGAACAUUCGAAUCGUGAACAGCGCCGGGGCUGAGAAGCACCAGGCCGUCGCCCUCCGAGUCUCCGCCGACUUCGCCAUCUUCUACAACUGUACAUUCGACGGGUACCAAGACACUCUGUACACCCAUACCAAGCGCCAAUUCUACCGCGACUGCACAAUCUCCGGCACAAUUGACUAUAUCUUCGGUGACGCCGCCGUCGUGUUCCAAAACUGCGUCUUCCUGGUCCGAAAGCCCAUGGAGAAUCAGCAGUGCAUCGUCACGGCCCAAGGACGAAAACAACGCCACCAGCCCUCCGCCAUCAUCAUCCAGAACGGGACAAUCAUAGCCGCCCCGGAAAUGCAGGCCGACAGGAUGAAGUUCAAGACGUAUUUGGGCCGGCCCUGGAAGAAUUACUCCAGGACCAUUAUCAUGGAGAGUUACAUCGGCGAUCUGAUUGACCCCGAAGGUUGGAUGCCCUGGAUGGGCACCGUCGGUACCAAAACUUGCUGGUACGGCGAGUUUGGCAACUACGGCCCCGGCGCCGAUCAAAGUAAGAGGGUGACGUGGAACGGGAUUAAGAAGAUUACACCGCAACAUGCCGUCGAUUUCACCCCCGGUCGCUUCCUUCGGGCUAACGAGUGGGUUAAACCCACGGGGAUUCCGUAUGUCCCGUACAUGGUCAAGCCGUCCACGUCGCGGCGGGUAAAUGUGGAGUAAAAGAAGAAAAGGAUGAUGUCAACUAAUUUGAUAUACACAUAAUUUGGGAACAUAUUGGAAGAUUUUUUAAUUAUCUUGUAAUUGUUUGUUGUAAUUUAUUUUAUUUUUUCUAUUGAUUUUUACUUUUCGAUGUUAUUUGAUACUUGACUGACCCUUCUUUCUAAUUUUAUACUUUGUAUGAUCGUUCAAAUGACGAUCCAUUUUAAUUUAAUUUCAUACUUUUAGUUAAAAGUUUUGUUUCCAUAGAAAAUAAACCUCUUGUUUGUGCAAGAAUUUUCAAUUGAUGCUCU